AUGGAUUCGGCCGAGGCCCAGCGGACAACGCAGAACUCGGGCAUCAAGGUCCGCCGACCCCGGGCCGCUCGAGCUUGCGAUCUCUGCCGAGCCAAGAAGAACAAAUGCGAUGAGUUGUAUCCUUGCACGUAUUGCAAAAAUCGCGGCGCAACAUGUGCCUACAGAGGCCAGGAUAUGUCAAGGAGGCUCUAUACUCCAGAAUAUGUGAGACAACUUGAGGAACAAGUAAAGAGUCUUUCUGCUCUGGCAGAAUCUCAAAAAGCACAAUCAGUAGACGAAAAUGCUUCGGUGACCGCAAGUGCCCCUGAGAUAGCCGACGGUUUCUCACCGGACUGUCGACUUCAGAGACGCCCUUCAAGAAGCACCACUGUCGAGUCGCCAUCAAACGCCCGCUCUAGGAACGCUGCCGGCCAGGAAGUUUCGGGAGUCAACCGUCACACUCGGAAUGUCGAAUUCUACGGCAGUUCAUCGUCCGUGGCUCUUCUAUCACACGUACAACGCACUGGUCAAGAACCAGUUGUCUCAAACGACCAGGACUCUGAUGGAGGCACCCUAUUGUCGAAUCUUCACAACCCGGCUUUCUCAUCACCGGGGGCUGACCAGCCUCAGGGGCAGGCGCACACGGGGGAGGUAAGGUCGUCUGCUCGGACAAUAACUCACUAUCCGCAAUGCAGAUACUUCUUGCAGAGCUUCUUUUCCAGCAUUCACUAUGUCCAUCCCAUACUCGAUAAGAAGACCUUCUUCAACCGCUGCGAGGCCCUGUGGUCCAAUCAGGAUACUGCUCAGACGCCGUCGAGUUUUAUCGCCUUGUACUACAGCAUAUUGUCCUUGGGCGCGCUCAUUGGUGUGAGAGAGGAUGAGCCCAUUGAUGGGAUCGAGAAUCUGCAAUGGAGCAGAAAAUUCUUUGAUGAAGCUAAGAGGCGCUGUGAUCAGCUUGGAAUGGUUACUGACCUGGAAAUGGUCCAAUGUUAUAUCUUUUUGGCGAAAGUUUGUCAAAAUGAGUUGAAUGCACACUGGUCGUAUAUGUACGUCGGCCUUGCUGUGAGAACAGCGCUGGCAAUGGGCAUCAAUCGAGAGCCCGGCCCUGACUGCAAGAAAGAUCCGUCUGUGUUGAGAGAAGAAACAAGAACAUGGUGGGGUUUAUACUCAUUAGAGACUGAAAUGUCUUUUUCAAUGGGGAGGCCCGAUACGUUAGGCGCCGAUCUGUAUCACAACCGGCAAUUCCCCGUCAUCGCAGAAACGGAGAAUGUUUACUCUGAAGCUGCGGACCUCGUCGAUCCUCCUUCUUGUGCCAUCAUCAAAUGCAUGGUGGACUACUCAAAGGUCAUUCGAAGCAUCUGCUUGGGUAUUUACCUGCCCGAGACCACAGUACCGAGGACCGUGGCAUUAGCACACCAGAUCGAUCAAGAUCUCCAGAAAUGGGCUGAGGGUAUGCCAGAACCUAUUCGCCCAACGGAGACUGUCCAGCCGCCUUCACUUAAAAACGCCAGAGAGGCUCAAUGGAUGAAAAGGCAACGGCUUGUACUAACUAUGCGUUAUCUCAACCUAAAGAUUCUGCUGUUCGGAUCAAUCAUACUUACUUCGACGUCUGCUGAGCGAGCUGCGAUUCCCGGCUCCCACGAAGGCAUCCAGACGUGUCUCAAUUCGGCAAAACAGACAAUUGAAAUCAUUUACCAGACAUAUCAACACCACGACUUCUUCCGUACUUGGUUUUAUAAUACGACGUACACCGUCUUUGCGGCAUCCAUGAUACUAGUUUACGUCACGCAAGAGGCCACAGAGGCAGAAAUGCAACCCCUUUUAAGGCUAGUGGGCAUGGCUAUCGAGAUCUUGGAGACCAUGGACGAGUGUGUCGUGGCAUUGAGGUCAGCCAAGUUGCUCCACAAAGCAAUUGAAAAGGCAGAAAAGAAGUUUUCUUCAUCAACGCCAUCAGCUGCGCAAAUACCAGCCAUGCCACCGGCAGAUGCAAUGCUUCAGUUAAACCACUACUGGGGGCCGUUGAACAUCCUAGACAACGAGAUGGACUUUGGUUUCGCGAUGCAGUUUGCCGACUUUGAGGGAACGAAUUCUCUCUUUAUGGCUCUCGAUGACCAGAGGCAGUUGUAA